AUGAUUCUAAAAUUAUUUAUUCUUCUCGGGUUUACUAUUCUAUUAUGCCAGUCUACUACUACAGAGGAGCCAACGCAUAAUGUUGAAGACGUCACGACUACAGAAGCCACGGCAUCAGAUAUCCCAACAUCAGAGGCACCUGUCGUCACCGAAGCAGAGGAAGUGGUAGUGAAUGUCCCCGGAAAAGGAGAAAAAUUGGAAGAAGAAAUCGAGAAAAUCGGAAAAGACAUGCAACCGGAGACUGUCACUACCAAACAAACUCCUGAAAAAGUAAAAGAAACCGCCGAGCCGAAAAUCAAUGAAGAGAUGGAUCUGAAGAAGAAUUUGGAGAAUUUGACAAUAAACAAGACGGAGGAAACUUCUACAACGACCACUACAACGACAACCACUACGGAAGCACCCGUUGUAACGACUCAGGAGACAGUGACAGAUGGAGAAGGAUUGGAACAUGAUGUGCAAGGAGAGGUUGAGGAUGGUGACAACGACUUGACUGAGCUGGAGGAAAAGGAGCGGAAGAUUCCAACUGAAGACGUUGAAGCAUCAGAAGCCACGACUACCGAAUCAAAUCCAGAGGCAUCUGAAGUCUCGGAAACACCAAAAACAACUGAAAAAUCUCUAGAUGGUCCCAUCAAAACAAAACAAUUCAAAAAUCUAGAGCCUCCGAAAGAAGGGAGUUUAAAACUCUCGGAAGUUUCGGAUGGAAUGUUGAUUAAAACUGAGGAGAAUAAGGAAGAGAAAGUAGAAACAGAUAUUGCAGUAGUCACGGAUGAACCGACUACAAAUGAGGAGAAUGAUAAAUGGAUUGCUUGGGAUUUGAUUCAUUUUUUGCUGCUCUUGAGUCCAUACGAUGAAGAUGAAAUCACAUGGUGGACUAUUAUUUAUGAAGCUGUUAAGUGCUCCCUCCGCAACUGCCCGAACGUCCACUCCCACUGGUAUCAGCGCCCAGUCUAUCUUCCUAGAAUCAGCCGUCAUCGUCGCCAAGAUUCUGAGUUCUCUCCGGAUGAUAUACCACCAACUAAAAGCUCUCAACCGUGCCCAUGUCGAGAUAUUGAGGGAUAUUUUGAGAAACUUUAUGCAACAAUAAAUGAGGAAUUAAAGAAGAAACAAUUGAAUUCGACAAUGUAA